CAAUGAAAUCUUAACAUUAAAACCAAAAAAAAAAACAUUUGUCAGUCGGCAAUGCUUUGAAACCUUCAUCUCUAUAGCUGAACACGUGUCCCAGCCCUAACAUCAACUAAUUCUCACGUUUUGAUAACUUUCAUUAACACGUGUUUGUAGUAUUUUGCCCGACAACUACAAAUACUACAUGCAAACAUCCCGAACCCGAUCGAUCAUUUGACAAUCAUCUCUCUAUAUCAGUUAUCAGUUGGCGAUAAUAUUCUGUCAAAUCAAAUCGACCGUGACGGUAAGUUUUUCACUUGGAGAUAUCUUCGAUUGUACGUUACGUAAGAAGUUUUUAUCCAAAUGUUUUUUGUUCAUGUUUAUAUGAAAUUUUGAUAGAAAUUGAAAGAAGAUUGAGAAACUCAUCGCCCUAGAAAUAGAUUUUGAUGUUGUUGUUGUUGUUCAUGCUCUAGGGAUGGAUUGCGAUUAUAUCAGCGAAUUGCCGGAUUCUUUGCUAACACAAAUACUCUUAAACCUUCGGACCGAAGAUUCUGUUAAGACAAGCGUUUUAUCCAAGAGAUGGAGAAAUCUUUGGUUAAACGUUCCUGGACUUGAAUUAUGCUCCCUUGCCUUCCCCAAUCCAUACGAAGAAGGCUUCAAAAGGUUUAUGGACAGAUUUAUGGAGUUUAACUGCGGGUCACACCUGCAAAAGUUCAAGAUACGGUACACUGGCAAACAAGAUCAACUCAUGGAGUUGAUCUGUACAGUUGUUGAUCGUGGAAUUCAACAUUUGGAUGUUUGUUAUUGUUCUUCUGUCAAAAGAUAUGGUUUCUUGCGUGAGAACAUUUACAAGAGCAAGACAUUGGUCUUUUUGAACCUUUUCAAUGUAGAGUUAAAGAAUCCAAAGUUUGUUGUUUCUCUACCUUAUCUCAAGAUCAUGCGUCUAGGCAGAGUUUGUCGCGGUGAGGAUGGUCCUUUGGUUGUGGAGAAGCUCAUCUCAGGAUGUCCUGUUCUUGAAGAUCUUAAGCUGAUUAGGCCUUUUGAUACUUUGACUCACAAAGUUUUGCUGUUUCUGCGUGUGAGCUCUCAGACUCUGAAAAACCUUGGUUUAUAUUUUGCGACAUAUAAGGGUGAUACAGAUUUUUCAGUUGAGAUUGAUGCUCCACGACUCAAGUAUAUGACUGUUAAAGACAUUCAAUCUGAUAACAUUGUGGUAAAGAACCUGAGCUCCUUGUUCAUGAUCAACAUUCGUACCAAAUAUAUUCCAUCGAGACCUAAGGACUUUAAAAAAUUUUGUGAUUUUUUUACCGGCAUAUCUAGUGUAAGACAUAUGAUAAUCGACCUGCCUAUUCUAGAGAGGCUUUACCCUAAUUACAACUUCGGACCGAUUCCCAAAUUCCUUAACUUGUAUUAUUUGGAGGCUGAGGUCAGCCGAUCAUCGCUACAACUAUUGUCGGCCUUUCUUGAAAGCUCUCCAAAUCUGAAAACCCUCAUUUUGGACUUUCGUGGUUCAUCAAAGCUGGGGCAAAUAGACUUUACCAAUUUGCAUCGUUGUUUGAUAUCAACACUGGAGUAUGUUGAGAUUAAGAAGGGGAUGAUAAGAGAUGAAACUGGGGUUAAACUAGUGAAUUACUUUCUUGAGAAUUCAGCAAUCCUCAAGAAACUGACUCUAAGUUUCACAGAUUCUUCUUCUUUAGAGCUAGAGAGCUGCAAGAAGCUUCUUACAUCAACAAAGCUUUCUCCCACAUGUCAAGUUAUCAUUGUUUGACAUGUAGAUGAUUAUGCUGCUAAGCACAUGACCGUUGUUUCAUUGACUUAUUUUUCUCAUGAAAAUCGCAAUUAGACUUUAAUCUUAGUUUUCUUGGAGGACAUUGAAGAUUAUACAACUUCGUUUCAUGGACAUUGAUGAUCUUUGUAUUGCCUUUUGGUCUUUAUGGUUAGAUAUGCUUUUUGGCAAUGAUCACAUUAUACUGAU